AUGGAGGUUAAAAUUCUUAUCGAAAGUGAAUUUCCAGUGCCAUAUCAAACAUCAGAUUUAAAAAUAAAUUUAAACAACAUCGAAUGUAUUGGCGAUUUAAAGAAGAAGCUACAACCCUUACUCAGUGUUGCGGCAUGUGAUAUGUCUGUUUACCACAAGACACGACGGGAAUUAGAAAACAGAAAGAAAAUAUUGAAUUUGUAUAUGCGAGAAGGCGAUACGUUUAUUGUUAAAUUUACAAGCGUGUGCAAGUUACAUUUGUUAUCGAAAUUUCUUGAUGAUAUGAGAGCGUUUGUAAAAGAUGUUUGCGAAGCAUUUUCAGACGGGGAUCGAAUAAUGGAAAAUAUUGACUGGAAUGCUGAUAGAUUAUCAGCAGUUGAAAAUUGUUAUGCAGUUGUGUUACAAGGUUUAGAGAGAUACUCCCGAGAUAUGUUUAAACCAUGGAAAUCCAAGCUAACAAUUGCAAACAAACAUUAUUUUGUGCAAGAAGGUGGAUUGGAUCUGUUGGCUACUAUCUAUAACUUUGCUUCUAAAAAGCGGUAUCCAUUGACAACAUGGUAUGUAAGGGGAUAUGGAGCCGGUGUCACAGGAGACUCGCCCCCCCAGGAGAUUUGCUCCCCCUCUCAAAAUGGGAGCGAAUAUUGCCCCCCUUUAGGAAUUUCGCUGCCCCCCCCCCCAUAUAAAUUUUGAAUUUUUGAUCUAAAAACAAAACGAUUGCAAGUUGAAAAGAUUUAUUGUGUGAUUUAUUUAUUUAUUACAAGGAGACAAAAUUAUAUACACAUUUUAGGCUUCUUAGCAACUGGUGGUGUGCACAGUCUGCAUAACCACUCAUUUGAGGUACUUAGACUAGUGUCAUAUUCUACACAUCUAAAGUGGAACCAUCACAGAGAUCGCAUAAAAUCAUGUUGUCGUAUUCUUCUGGCAGUUUACAUUCACAUAACAUAUUAUAAAAACAAUCGCUUGCAAAUUUUAUCAAUACGAGUGUUAACAAUAGCCGCCACAGUAAUCACUUGCUAACAAUCAACUAUAGGAUUAGUAAAAAAUCUAUGGAACGUGUUGGGAAGCGUAUUGAUUAUUGUCCGUUGAAUCGUCAACUUUCCGUGUCAGUGAUGUAAUCUUGAUUCUUCACUUCCGCAAAGAAAAUUGCAUUAUAUAUGUGGUUUAUUCAAAUAAUUUUUUUUUGUGUGGUUUAUUCAAAUAAUUUCAUGAUACUUUGAUUUUAUUAGUGCAUGCCUUAAACAUUUGAGAAUUAACUCUGCAAAACUAAAAGCUUUCUUGUCUUUUUUGAAACGUAUAUUAUUGGAUUAUUGCCUAUUGGCAAGUUCUACCCUUCGCUUCUGAGAUUUACAAACUAUAUUGAAAUAAUGCAAGUAAAAAAUAGUGACAAACCAUACAUUUUCCGAUAACGAAAGAAAAAAAAAUGCAAAACAAUACCAAUAAUUACAAUAACCACCAUGGUGAUUACUUUUUAACAAUGAGUUUAAGGAUUAACACUGAAAAUGCAAAAUAUGCAUGGUGUGCUGUGAAGCGUCAUAAGUCCUAUUGAUCUACUGUAACUGUGUAAGCCCUUUCGAUACAUGUAAUUGUAAAUUUGUAUUCUUACAUGCAGGGCUUGAAAUAACGUUCCCAAAGUUCCCGAUCAUGGUGAUCGGCAGUCGUGACUUUCCCUGAUUUUUUCAGGUUGGAAACCGAAACCCUGCUUUUCCGCCGAUCAUAAGCAAUUCCUUGCCGAUCAUUGAUCGGUGAUCGGUUGUUAUUUCAAGCUCUGUCUUAACAAUUUUGAAUUGAUACUGAUUUCAAAUGAUUAAAGCCAUGUAAUAAUUAUCCCAUGCAACUGUUAGGAAGGGUGAAAUUUUGAACGGAGGACAAAAAUCCUAAAGAAAAGGUGAAGUUUCUAAAGGGGGGCAAAUUUCCUAAAGGGGGGGCGAAAUUCCUAGGAUUUUCGCCCCCCUGGGGGGCGAUAUUCCUAGGAAAUUCGCCCCCCCCCGGGGGGCAAAAAUGUAGGGGGGGCAAAAAUCCUGGGACACCAGUCAACUCGGGAUAAUUCAUUUAGUAGGGUUCUUAUCACAGCUUUGAUAAACAUCCAAAAUGACAUUUCAAAGUUCCGGUAACAGUAUAAAGUUCAUUCAAGCGAUAAUUAUGGUCAUUGCAUUUGCAUGGUUGGGUCGGCAUGAAGCUCUAGGAAGAUGUUCUGUGAUUGGUUGAUUAUGACAAUGACAAAAGAAUAAGCUAUAGAAUGGAUUUUCUAAAGAAUGAAGCAAGAACAAUAUUCCUUUUGUUUAUGUAAGCCAAUUACGUCUUUUGUCAUUGUCAUGGUCAACCAGUCACAGAACAUCUUCCUAGAGCUUCGUGUUUACAGGCAUGGUUAGGAAAACAUUUUCGUCACACAAUUCAUCCCAGCUAGCCGGGCUGGCCUGGCUCACAUGAACAGUCCCCAACAAUUAGGUUGUGAGUGGAUAAGUCAUAUGGCUUUAAAACAAUGUACAGUAAGAGUAAAACAAUAAAGUAGGGUGCAAUGCAACUUAAUGGGUUGAUCACCAAGAAACCCUCCAACCUCGUACCCAGGGUCUUUUCUCUUGUGGAGAAAAGACGCUGGUCACGUGAUCUGCUAAAAUUUAGCAGAUUUUUAAAGAUGAUGUCCACUCCUGUGCGCAUGUGUGAACUUUGUUUACGUUUUGAACUGCUAUAUUUGUAAAAUAUGAUAUACUAACUGAAUAUCUAACACUUUUCUGGUUCGCUAUACUUGUAAAUGAAUAUAAACUAUACGUUUCAAUUCAAAAAAGUUCGAAAGAUGCAAAAUUUGGGCAAUGUUUAUAUCUGGGGGUCCCCUUUGUUAUGAGCAGAACUGAUGUGUAGAAUGGAGUGGACAUCAUCUUUAAUUAACAACCCAAGAUGAGGUCAAUAAAUAAUUGAUAUUUGGAUAAUUUUUAUAGUCUAAUUUAUAAUUUGCUUUUUGUAUGAUUGUCGUAAAGGAAUCCAAGAUCAUAGUUACAGUCAAAUCCGGUGUUCCAUUGCAGGCAACAUUGCAAUAUUGUCACACAAUAUUGCAAUAUUGAUUGGUUGAUUGCUCUAGCAAAUUGCAACCUUCGCGAACAAAUUGCAAUUUUUACGUGUUGACAAUUUGUCGAAAGGUUGCGCCCAAAUGUCAAUGCCAAGCAUUUGAUUGGCUUGUUUUGUACUAGCAGCCAAUCAGGUUUUAUUUACAAACUUGCUUCCGAAUCUUAUUAUAAACUUUUGAAUUUUGCAGUUGACGGUUUAAUACUGCUACUGUACGUAAAAAUUGCAAUUUGUUCACGUCGGUUGCAAUUUGCUAGAGUUAAUCAGCCGAUCAAUAUUGCAAUAUUGUGUGACAAUGACUGUAAUUAGAAAUCUGCUAGAUUUUAGCAGAUCACGUGACCAGCGUCUACCAGGGUCUUUUCUCCACAAGAGGAAAGACCCUGCAGGGUACCAGGUUGGAAACCUUCAUCAUUUUUGUUAUUUUAGUGAGAGGGACUUGCAAACAGCGAAGUAUUUUAAUUGUGAACAAAAUGAAUUGGAAGUGUUUUGUCUUAAGUGUCUGUGGCGUUUCUCUGAAAUUAAAGAAGAUCGUCAGAUGGUUUUAAGAAAGAUUGGUCUAGAGCCAUUCAUUCACUCUCUUCUGAAAGUCUCACGAGAUAUUGACGACGACAUUGGAGAGGAUGUUUGCAUUCGUGUUAACCAAGCCUCUAUGGGAUGUUUAUCGCAGUAAGAAGCCAAUUUCCAUUUCUUCAUUUUUUAUCCAUUUUAGGGAGCAUUCAUUAUUUAUGUCAGAGGGGGCUGGUAACACUCAGAUAUUUUUAAAAAUAUUAUUAUAACCCCCUCCUUCUCAAGUGACACGUCUUAACAGCCAUCCCCCUAAGAAUCAUACAGAUUUUAUCCCCCUCCCCCCUUCCCAUCAUCAUCCAAACCCCGCCUACAGUAGUGUGCAAUGUUUUUAAAUUAGCCUUUCUCACGAUGACGAAUAUCUGCCAUUUUUGGGUAGCAUGUAAUUCUCGUUAACCAAUGCAGAAAAUUAAAACAAUGUGAAAAGCAGAUUUUCAAAAUAAUCUAAGUCUAAACAUAUACAAAGCAAAUUUACCAUCAUUCGUCCAAACAUUUAUAAGAAGUUGCUGUUAUAUGGACUUAUCUUGCCACCCAAAAAAGGCUAACUGACUUAAAUGCAGUAUGUAUGAAUGUAGGUCUAUUUAGGUUCAUUUGCUCAGUUGAAAUGCUUAGAAUAAUUAAUAUUAAUUAAUUAUUAAAAUAUUAAACUUCUAAAGAUAUAUUAAAAACUUAGAUAUUAUUAAAAUAUUAAAUUUAGAAAUAAAAAGCAACCCUAAACUUUUUUUUCUCUAAAAUCCAAGCUUAUAUAUGAUCCUGGGAAUUAAUAUAAGUCAUUUUAUUAAGAAAAUAUUUUGCAUGCACGAGAUUGCGCGUGCUCGGCAAGUUCCGCGAGCAAUUAAAGCAAGUCGUCAUCCAAUCAGAUGCAUGCAUCUAGUAAUGCAUGUAUCUACUCUGUGACCAAAUCAUGUAAUAUGCUCAUGAGCAUGCUUUUAAUCAUGCUGCAUGAUUUUUGUAAUAUUCGUCACCCUCAUCCCUAGCGACGUCCCUGAACAGUAUAAAGUUCGAUCAAACGAUCUUGAUGGUUUAUAAGUCGUAACGUAACACGAUCCAUUUGUGCGAAAUGUUUUUCAAAGCGAUGAUUGCGCAUGCGCACACAUUGUCUGAGCCUUGUUAGGUUAUUGGGCUGACACAAAAAGGUGAUAAUAUUUGGGACGCCACGCCGGUCCACGUGUUGUAGGUAAUCUUCUUGUACAUGAGAAAGAAUUUUGUAGUUGUCCUAUAUAAACCCGCACUGAAAAAUAAUUGCCGUCCCGUAAGGAUUAUGAUAGAUUUUGUUGUAUAUAAAUUCUUGUAAUGAAGUCGUCUUGUGAUAUUCUUGAUGAAUUAAGCAUUCAAAAUACUAUGUAUAGUGUUAUUUCAAUUUUUUAUUGGCCCUGAAAGGGGCUGCAUUCACGGACAUUUAUAACAAAACGAUUGGCAAAUCCCUAUAGUUUGACACGAAGUAAAUGUUGUUGACUCACUUGACUGAGCGAGAGGUAAUAGCACAGAGGUAAUAGGAUACUGGUCGAGUUCUUUUUUCGCUUGCAUGCAAGUACCAAAUCCUGUGAAUAUGCUUUUGAGCAUACUUCAUGAUGCAAGGGUCAGUAUAUUAAUGUAUAUUAUAGUAAAAAUAUGUCAUAAAAUAGGCAAGUCAAUUUCAUUUUAAAAUGUAUAUGUUAUGACGUAUUUUUACUAUAAUAUACAUUACUAUACUGACCCUUGCGAGAUUGGGCUGCCUGUGGAAGCACCAGAUGUUCUUUAGUAGAGGAAAGAGCAUCCACCAGUUUGAAUAUUUUCAGGGGGUGAAUGCUUCUUGUAAGUGCACUGGAUAUGAAUGCAGGUGGAUACGGCAUCGACUGUGCCCUGUGAUGUCAUUUGGAACACUUAAUGGACUGUCAAUUUACGAAAUUAACCAAGUCAACAUAAGUGGAAGAAGAAUCACCAAAAUAAAUCUUGUUCAUUUUAGAUAUGUCGAGCUGCCAGACAUCCAACAAAUUUUAGCUGAGAACCAGGAAGUUUUAUCAAAACUCUCCUGGCUUACAUCCAAUGAUUCUAGCUCUUACCAGAAAGUGGUUGCAGCAUACACAUUAUUUUGUUGCUCUAAUCAUCCCAAGGCUGCUAGAAAGAUCAUUGAAAAUCAAUGUUAUCGUUUGGUUCUUGAAAAGGCCCAAGGGUUGGAAUUAGCUCACGAGUAUCGUUCUGCUUUGCCUUUCACAGCUGUUGUUGCGUGAGUAUAUCAUUAUGCUUGUCUCAGGGUUUUGGGCGUCUCACUCGUUAUAACUAAUCGUGGAAGUGAUUUGUAGCUCAGUUGGUUAGAGCGCUGCACCGGAAAUGCAGGGCAGCAGGUUUGAUUCCUGCCAGAGGGCUGAUAGUGAUAGUUGCAUUUUUCGCCGGUUAUUUCUCGAAAUUACAAACGAAAAUAUUUCCUCCUUAAUUACCGCAGAAAUGUCAAGUAAAGGGAAAGGUUUCUUGUUUUCCUAACAUAAAUUUUACACAAUACUCAAUAGUCUUUGUUAUAUAUUUGGAUAAAAUGACAGAACCUCCAAAACCUAACUCUCCAGAAUGGCUGUAAAAGUGCCAUUCAAGCCCACAAAUCACAAUUCCUCUUCAUUUAGUUUACUGCAAAAAAAAGAUGAAACAAGUCUGAUAUUGUCUGUACGUAACAAGUUGUUAACAAAAGUUGAUGACGACAAGCUUGUAGCAACUUGUUACGAAUAGUGAUUUUUCAAUUUUUAUAUGUUAAAGUUUUUAAUAUUAGAUCAGUGCAUGGUUAUAAUAGUCAACGGCCAAUUUAAAAGAAUGCCGAAUAGUGAUUUUUUCAAGAUGUCUUAAAUUGGCCAUUGAUUGGCAUAACCCAUAUUAAACUUUAAUAUAUAAAAAUUGAAGUUUCCUUUUAAUAACUGUGGGAUCCAUAUUCCUACGUAGUCUUAGUCAUUUUUCAGCAUUUUCACAACGGUUGAAAAAUCUGGUGAAUAGCGCUAUCCAGCCUUCAUUCAACCGACCCCUGGGACAAUCGUAUACUAAGGAUAAGGACCGAUUUGGAUGUUUUAUGAAUGCAUGCGUAAUAUUGUGUUGCAUUUAUAAUAGGCGUAACAACACCGCGGAAAAACGUCUGCGCAUGCGUCAACCUUUCCUGUAAUAGUAUUGCGAACUUGAUGAGAAGCUGUUCCGAACGUUUCCGAAGGCUCAAAAUGGCGGUAAAAAGGAGUGACUUCAUUGUGCGUCUUUACAGCCAGAUUUCAAGCGCAAAAAUAAACAUGUCAUUCUAAAAAACUAGAAAUAAAUACAGCCAGAAGGUUCAAGAAAUUGUAUUGUACAAGAACAUGAACUAAAGGUGAUUGUUGACAAAUUUAUCGUCUGAAACAUUUUGUGAAUGAAUUGAUGAAUCCGAGGUCCUAAUAACUAAAGAAGAAAGUGGUCCUAUCUUGUCUAAAGAAGCACGUCCUUCAGAAAGCGGUGAUCCCAAUGAGCAAACUGUUGAAAACCAAGGCGGAAAAAAGGUGAAUGAUCAAGAAAGUUUGGAAGAGUAUGAUUUUGUCUUUCUAUGUGAUUCCAACAGAAAAUUCAUCAACACACAGCUGUUAUGCCCUAAUAGUACGGUAAAAAUCAUCCCUUGUGGUACUUCCAGUCAAGCAAUUAAAAUCAUAUCUUCACCACGUUUCCAGGUUAACAAAGCGCUUAUAAUAAACACAGGUGUUAAUGACGUUGAACACUUAACGUUAGACGAGGUUAUUCAGAAGCAGUUAGAGAUGUUAGAUACAGCUAGGAAGGCAUUCCCAGGAAAAAAGAUCAUUGUUUCGAGUGUUACUCCACGAGAUGACGAUUUUGAUGAAGACAUUCGGGCAAUAAACCGAACAAUCCAAAGUGAAAUUUCAAACUUCGCUGAUGUUAUUUAUGUGAACAAUGAUAAUCUACGAGACAGAGUAUUGUAUUUUGACCGUAAGCACUUAAAUAGGAAUCGGGGUGUUCGUAAGUUUGCAGCGAACAUCAAGAAAGCAAUUAGAGUGGCAAGUGGUGUUGUGGACAACAAGCCACGUUAUGCAUCCUAUCAUAGUGAUGAUCUGCAUCAGAUCCGACCUGAUGAUCGUGCUUCAUACCCUCAACCUCAUUAUCCAUCCUUUCAUAGUGAUGAUCUGCAUCAUAUCCGACCCGAUGAUCGUGCUCCAUACCCUCAACCUCGUUAUUCAUCCUAUCAUAGUGAUGAUCAACAUCGUUAUGGAAGCUCUGUAAAUCCUCUACUAAGACCGGAAGAUCUACUGAGAAAACGGUAUGGCAUUGCUACACAGUCUACCGAAGUCAGCAAAGAACAUGAAACAAAGAAGGAUAAUGGAAUCAAUGAUGUCUUUUCCCAGCUAAGUACAUUAAAUAA